GCCUAAAUUUUGGAUCUGCCUCAAUGGUCCUCAAGUUUUAAUUAAAACAGAAACCCUGCCUUCAGCGGGGAGGUAGACUGGUAUGUAGAAGCGAUGAAGUUCUUUUUGAUGAGCGGAAUUCCUGUGAAUAAUAAAUAGAGUGGAACGUGGUGAAUGAUCGCAAUAUACGUUGUUGGUUAAAUGAUCCUCGGGAACAACGCACACCAAGUGUAACGAGAACUCUAGGGCGGUGACUGAGAUUAAGAGGGCUCACGGCGGGUGUGACAAGUCAACAGUGGAUGCCUCCUCCUCCUACUAGACACCUGACCCCCACGUCUGAAAUCCAUAAUCUGAUAAUGCUGAUUGUUAGCUGAAGAAAUCAUUCGAUCUUUCAUCAUGUCAGGACUGCCCAUUGACCGAGGCUGGGCCUUCGUUGUGGUAUUUGCUGUUUUUAUUUCAUCAUUCAUCAUGGUGGGAAUUGCCAAGUCAUUUGGAAUUAUCAUGAAAGAACUUAUCCUCCAUUUUCAAAUCCGUACAGCAACAGCUGCCCUUGUCAUGGGGAUCUCUGGGGCUGUGUAUACCAUCACAGCUCCAUUCUGUGUAGCGCUCGGAGAACUCUUCACCCAGAGGAAGGUAGUGCUUGUGGGCAGUACCAUAGGCUUCGUCAUGGUGUCCCUAUCAUCAUUUCUAAUCAGAAUCGAAUUCUUCUUGUUCUUCUACGGCGUAGGAACAGGUUUGGCUAAUGCCUGUUUCUUUGGUAAUGGAUUGGUGAUGAUUGGAAUGUACUUUUCCAAAUGGCGCUCCGUGGCGACAGGUCUAGCCCUAACUGGUGCCAGUGUGGGGACAUUUAUCAUGCCUAUCCUUCUGGAGGCUUUCCUAGAGAAUUAUUCUCUCUCAGGUGCCAUUCUGAUUGUGGCCGCCAUAUAUCUCAAUGGUUGUAUUUGUGGAGCUCUAUUUCGGCCCCUCUCAUUCUAUGCUGAAAAGAGUUCAUCUGAUCCAGAGCAAGUUCCGAUCGCCAGGGAGAAACCUGAGGCCAUUGAAAAUGAUGUAAAGCAGUUCGAGCCAGUAGAAAUUCAGACUAAGGAAGGGGUCGAUGUGGCAGGUGAAAUAGGGGCUGGGGAUGACGUGGAAAAGAGGCUCCUGUCUGAAAAUGAGAAGGGGGAAGAUACUGCAAAUAAAGUCGCAAAACCAAAGGACAUCCCAAAAAGACCUGUUUGGACUUUUCACAUGUGUGGAAGAAAAAUAACAUUCCCAGCUUUAUUCCAGUUUAGUGUUCUCAAAUUGCCAGUGGUGCUGUUCUUCACUCUCUUCAGUUUCUUGGUGUUCGUAGGAUAUUUCAAUUUCAUUUUAUUUUUACCAUUGGAUGCCAAGUCGCGUGGAAUCACUAAAUACGAAAACGCUGCACUGGUUUCCUACACGGGAGCAGGGGAUCUAUUGGGGAGGAUCUUAGUGGGAUUUGUAGGAGAUCUAACAAUCAUCAAACGAUACAAAAUUCUGGCCACCUGUUCGAUACUGUGUGGGGUUAACAUCAUGAUGUUUGAGAUUGCCGGUCAAGUGUAUUGGUGGAUGAGCAUCCAUGCUGCUCUGUAUGGCUUUUUUGGAGGUUGCUUUGUGGCUAUUAACACCAUCGUCUUGAUCGACAUGGUUGGACUUCAGAUGUUGCCCAAGGUCCUGGGUGUGGUGCUGUUAAUUCAGGGACUUGGGGCAGCAAUUGGACAACCAGUAGAAGGCAAAAUACGAGAUGUGACAGAUUCCUUCACGGCCUUAAACAUCAUCAACAGCAUCUGUAUGAUUGCAGCAGGAGUGCUGCUGUUUCUGUACCCCCUAGUUAAACGGUUCGAGGAAAGGUCGACAAAACAGGCCGAAAACAUGGAGGUUCAAAUUCAGAAGGAGGCUUCGGAUUAAUAAACUCGCUUGUAAACUAUCGCCCAGAAGUAGGCUUCAUAAUUAAUAAACUCGCUUACACUCAUCCAGAAGGAGGCUUCAUGAUUAAUGAACUCGCUUACACUCGUCCAGAAGGAGGCUUCGUGAUACAGAAAACUCGCAUACAAUCUUUUCCGUUACCAUGUUUACAGCUUAACAGUAGCAAUGCAGAUAUCAAAGUUUUAUUUUAAUUAACUCUCUCAUUUUCACUAGCUUUAAAUGUUUAUCAAUUAUAAAGUCCAUGUGUUGUGAUUAUUUAUUGUUAGCUUGCCUAGAAUUGCUUGGUAUCAUAUGUUAGCUUUCCCUUCACUACAUGUUGAAGUGUGAUAUUGAAGUGCUGAAUGUAUGGAUAUUAAAAUGCUGAAUGUACAAAUGUUUGAGUGCUGGGUGUACAAAUAUUAAUGUUAAAGUGCUGGUGUAAAAAUGUUUGAGUGCUGGGUGUACAAAUAUUUGAGUGCUGGGUGUACAAAUGUUUGAGUGCUGGAUGUACAAAUGUUUGAGUGCUGGGUGUACAAAUAUUUGAGUGCUGGGUGUACAAAUGUUUGAGUGCUGGAUGUACAAAUGUUUGAGUGCUGGGUGUACAAAUGUUAAAGUGCUGGUGUAAAAAUGUUUGAGUGCUGGUGUACAAAUAUUUGAGUGCUGGGUGUACAAAUGUUUGAGUGCUGGGUGUACAAAUGUUUGAGUACUGGGUGUACAAAUGUUUGAGUGCUGGGUGUACAAAUGUUUGAGUACUGGGUGUACAAAUGUUGAAGUGUGAUAUUGAAUUGCUGAAUGUACAAAUGUUGAAGUGUUGGCAUUCAAAUGUUGAAGUGCUGGUGCACAAAUGUUGAAUUGCUGAUGUACAAAUGUUGGAAGUGCUGGUGCACAAAUGUUGAAGUGCUGAUGUACAAAUGUUGAAGUGCUGCUGCACAAAUGUUGAAGUGCUGAGUGUACAAAUGUUGAAGUGCUGAUGUACAAAUGUUGGAAGUGCUGGUGUACAAAUGUUGAAGUGCUGGUGCACAAAUUUUGAAGUGCUAAUGUACAAAUGUUGAAGUGCUGGUGUACAAAUGUUGAAGUGCUGAUGUACAAAUGUUGAAGUGCUGAUGUACAAAUGUUGGAAGUGCUAAUGUACAAAUGUUGAAGUGCUGAUGUAGAAAUGUUGAAGUGCUGAUGUACAAAUGUUGGAAGUGCUAAUGUACAAAUGUUGAAGUGCUGGUGCACAAAUUUUGAAGUGCUGAGUGUACAAAUGUUGAAGUGCUGAGUGUACAAAUGUUGAAGUGCUGGUGUACAAAUGUUGAAGUGCUGGUGCACAAAUUUUGAAGUGCUAAUGUACAAAUGUUGAAGUGCUGGUGUACAAAUGUUGAAGUGCUGGUGCACAAAUGUUGAAGUGCUGAUGUACAAAUGUUGGAAGUGCUGGUGUACAAAUGUUGAAGUGCUGGUGCACAAAUGUUGAAGUGCUGAUGUACAAAUAUAGAAGUGCUGGGCAUACAAAUGUUGAAGUGCUGGUGCACAAAUGUUGAAGUGCUGAUGUACAAAUAUAGAAGUGCUGGGCAUACAAAUGUUGAAGUGAUGGGUGUAAAAAGAUCAGGUUUGGUUUUCACAUGUAGUGUUUGUGGUCCAAAUGUAAAUUUUAUUGCUUAUUAUUAGAUUUCAUUUCUCUUUAAAGUCUGACAAUUGUAUUAUCAUGUUUUGUGUAUAAUUAUUUAAAUGUGUAACUUAUUGACUCAAUCUUUCAUCUGACAUGUUUUAUUUUCUUUAUUUUUUUUUUUUAGAGGUUUAUAAACACAGGGACACAAAUUUUAAUUUUAAUUUGUCACAGUAACACGUUAUUAUAGUUAAUCUGUCUCGUACGUCAUUUGAGGUACACAUAAUUCACAGUACUGUCUAUUUAUAGGUAUUGUGUAACGGUUUUAAUUCAUAUAAUUGUACUAUGGGGAUGAAUCUCCAGGUUUUUGAUUGGCUGUUUUUUUAUAUACUUUAUGAUGUGUAUUAUUCAUGUGUUUAAUAUUUAGAUAUAUAGUGCUUAAACACAUGAUGUAUAUUUUUUGCUAUUUUUUCCACUCCACUUUUUAUGUCGUUAGUGUGCUUUAAUACAUUUAUAAAAGAGAAAUACCGGUAUUUUAUAUAUAGAGAUCGAUAUAUACACAUGCAUAUACUUUAUUUCAUAUAUAUAUAAUUAUAUCAGAUAUACAAUACAUUUAUGAUACAAAAUCUGUACUGAAUGUAUUUAGAAUAAUAUGUGUUUGAAGCAUUUAAAUUUAUUUGGGGGAGUUUUUUCCCAUGCGAGGUCUUACUAGAAUUAUAACUGAAAUUGCCUAAAAUGCGCAAAACUUUGUUGUUUAAUUUCACUAUUCUUUUGAUGAGGGGUCUGAAUCUUCCACUGUAGAAAGAAUUGCGCUUGUUUAGAGCAAGUACAGAAUUUCAUCUUUUAUUCUCAACUACUUUUAAGUACUGAAAUUCUCUUUUAAGUACUGAAAUUCUCUUUUUAAGUACUGAAAUUCUCCUCUGAAUGGAACAAGGAAGUUAGUACGGAGACUACUAUUUUUGAAGCUAUAAUGAGCGAUAGCUGUGCCUGCAGUAUCUGGAAGUGACUAAGUGUACAAGAUGAAGAACUCUCCACCUCAUCUAAUUACAGGCUUAUUGGAUUCUGCUGUCGCAGUCUGUGUUCUUAUAUCCUCAUAUUCUGUACUAAUUUUACUGUUCCGGUAGCAUAGAGCAUCGUUAAUAAAGGGGAUUCAAGUGAACUAAGCAUAGAGCAUCGUUAAUGAAGGGGAUUCAAGUGAACUAAGCAUAGAGCAUUAUUAAUGAAGGGCAUUCACGUGUAUUUUAAGAUGUAGAACCACAGUGAAUGACAGAUAUGUAAACGAAUUAUUUCUCAGGUCCCCAGCAGUACGUUGUAAAUGAAGUUCACUGUAAUAACCAUUUUAUUUUGAGCAUGAUGACAAGAAGUGCAAUCUCAGAUACAUAAAUAUGUACCUGUAGUUUUAUUUUGAGCAUGAUGACAAGAAGUGCAAUCUCAGAUCCAUAAAUAUGUACCUGUAGUUUUAUUGUGUAUUGUUAUAAGAUACCGUAAUUAACUUUAGUAUUAGUUUUAUUUUUAUCUUAGUUACCUUUAGUUUUAGUUUUAUGGGUUUGAGAUAUUGAGGUUAGAAUACAUAAAGAAAAUGUAGUUGGGACUUCCAACUGACUUUGAUGUAUUAUCUGUGGUAUGUUAGAUAUCUAUCAAUGGUAUUCGAGGUAUGAAUGUUCGAAAUACCGAAGUUCAACUAUUUCUAAAUCAAGUCUGUUAAGGUUAAAGUUUGAAAUUUACAUACAUCAAAAUUUUAGGAAAGGUUCGCAUACUACCUGUGUAGUCUCGUUAUACGUGCUCCAUGUUUUGUUUUUCGUGAGAUUUUGUUAGGACUAGUUCAGUAGUUGUCUGCUUUUUGCCGCUUUUUGCUGUAGAAUCAUUACAUUCCGUGGGGACUCAGGUUUUUGAAGACUUUAGAGCCAUGUCAUAAAUUCAAAAUCACAACAAAAUACACUCUUUAUAAAUGGACAGUAAAUAGACACGGAAAUCGACAUCCCAAUGGCACCAAUACUAUCUCGAGAAUCCUCGAAAAUCUGACCCUAUGAAUUCAAACGAUUUUAAAGUAUACUUGUGCUAUUAUCUAAUGAUACAUGUAACACAAUUAUUGUAUUUGUGCAAGUUUAAUUAUGUCACAACAAUUUAUUGUAACUGUGUAUUGUAAUCAAAUUUCGUCGCACGCAUUGAAUUUUAUUUAAAGAUUUAAGUGCACCUGUUGAAUCUGCUUGUACUACUUCUGUUGUUAGAUACCAAACAUAAAAUAUGAAAAUCAAA